AUGAUUCGAAAUAGUCUUUUACUUCGCAAAAAUGUCAAAACCAUCUACAAUGUCUUGUUAUCCUCAGCAUUGAACACAAAUUCUUGUAAAUUAAAUUCCAACUUCGAUUGUGUCUCAACUGCAUACGGAUACAAAAAUAAAUGGGAAUUAUUUCGCGGGUGGAUGCUCUAUAAAAUGUUCUCGUACAACAUCUUCGUUGAUCAUCUUCCACAAUUGAUCGCAUUGAGUAAUCAAAUGUUGAACAGAACUUUGUUUCAAUCAAUCAUGAAUAUGACCUUGUAUGGACAUUUUAUUGGUGGUGAGAACAGAAAUCAGUUACAACUACAAGUGGAAAAGUUGAGAAAACAUCGUGUAAAGGUGAUCUUAGAUCAUUAUAUGGAGUCAGAUCUGAAUGGUGUUUGCAAAGAGACGAUCAAUUCGUUACCAUCGGGAGAAGCAUCAUUUUCGAAAAUUUAUCAUCCCGAUGAAGUUGCAUUCGAUAAAAACAUGUUGAAAUAUCUAAAAAAUAUUCAAACAACCCAUCUUUUAUGUGGAUCAAAGAGUUUCACUGCAAUCAAAUUAACACCACUGAUCCGACCAAGUUUAUUGGAGAAACUGAAUGUGUUUUGUUGUUUACACAUAGAAAAAAGGCAAUUCGAUGACCUACUGCAGCUGAUACUGCAUGAUCAUAAUUUCACUUCAAACGAGAUUGGUGAAAUUAAUAAUUUAAUCUUACGAUUAAACGAAAUCGUAAAAUCAACGAAAGCGAACGAUAUGCGGAUAUUUAUCGAUGCUGAACAAUCGUAUUUUCAGACCGCGAUUAACAAGAUUGUUAUUCAUUUACAAAGUAUUUUCAAUAGAGAAAAUUUGUUCGUCUACAACACAUAUCAAUGCUAUCGAAGGGAUACAGUGGAUGUUUUAGCUGCAGAUUUAGAACAAUCGGAAAGAGAAAAAUUUCAUAUUGGCUUUAAACUUGUUCGUGGUGGAUAUAUGGUUCAAGAACGAAAACGAGCGCUCGAAAUGGAUUAUGAAGAUCCAAUUCACGACGAUUUCGAUCAGACGAGUGAAUGUUAUCGAAAAGCUUUUCUAAAAGGAAUCGACUUUGCAUUACGAACGAAUCAAAUAACUCGAAUAUUUGUGGCAAGUCAUAAUGAAGAUACAGUUCGAUUUGCUAUAGAAACAAUGAAAGAGUUCAAUAUCAAAUCAGAUGAUGAAAUUGUUUCGUUCGCGACGUUAUUUGGGAUGUGUGAUUACAUAACGUUUACGCUAGCUGCAGCCAAUUUCAAUUCUUAUAAACUAAUGCCGUAUGGACCGUUGGAAUCGUUUCUACCGUAUUUAGCUCGACGUGCACAAGAUAAUCGAGCAAUAUUUAAAAAAGCUGAGAAAGAUCGAUUACUUAUGUACAAAGCAUUGAGAGAUCGUCUGUUCAAAACUCAGCAGUGGUGUUAG